CAAGAACAAACAGUGCUCUCCCUCUCCCUGGCCCUGCUGCCUGCUUCCUCUCCACUCCACAGUCUCGCACUCUGUCGCUCAGCUCCGUUCCCCUCCAUUUCCCUUCUUCUCCCUAUAAAGCUCCGUCCCCAGCCAAGAAGGCAGCCUUAAACCUCCACUACCCCCAUCCCCAAGCGCCUCGCCGCAAUGCAGCAUCUGGGCGUGCUCCUCGUCUUGGCUGCACUCACCGCGUCGCCGCUCGCUGCGGCGUGGCGCCCGUGGCCGCCGCGCGCCAACGGGACGACGGCGGGGCUGGGCGCUUCAAAGAAGUUCGAGGGCUCGUCGGAGUUCGUGAAGCUAGAGUACCACAUGGGUCCCGUCCUGGCGUCCGCCAUCACGGUGCACCCGAUCUGGUAUGGCGCCUGGCCCGCCGCGCAGAAGCGCACGAUCCGCGCGUUCCUCCGCUCCCUCGCGCCACCGCCCGACUCGUCGGCCCGCAUCCCUCCUCCGUCGGUCUCCGCCUGGUGGCGCACGGUGCGGCUCUACACGGACCAGACCUCCGCCAACGUGUCGGCGGCCGUGACCCUGGGCGCGGAGAAGUGCGACGCGCGCAUGUCCCGCGGCGCGCGUCUCUCCCGGAUGGACAUCCAGUCCGUGGUCCGCGACGCGGUCACGGCGCGCACCCGCCCGCUCCCCGUCGACUCCAGCGGCGGCGUGUACCUGGUGCUCACCUCCCCGGACGUCUCCGUGGAGGACUUCUGCGGGCAGGUGUGCGGCUUCCACUACUUCACGUUUCCGUCGGUGGUCGGCUACACGCUGCCCUACGCGUGGGUCGGGAACUCGGCGCGGCGGUGCCCCGAGGUGUGCGCGUACCCGUUCGCGAUCCCGUCGUAUGUCCCCGGGCGGAAGGCGGAGGCGCCGCCGAACGGGGACGUCGGCGUGGACGGGAUGGUCAGCGUCAUCGCGCACGAGCUGGCCGAGCUCGCGUCCAACCCGCUCGCCAACGCGUGGUACGCUGGGAGUGACCCCUCGUUCCCGACCGAGAUCGCUGACCUCUGCGAGGGGAUCUACGGCACCGGCGGCGGUGGCGCGUACACCGGGCAGCUCCUCACGGAUGCGCGCUCCGGCGCGGCGUAUAACGUUAAUGGCGUCGGUGGCCGGAGGUUCCUCGUGCAGUGGGUUUGGAACCCCGUGCUCAGCUACUGCUCCGGCCCCAACGCGCUCGACCAGUAGCAGAUUCGACUAGCUGUUCUUGCUGCUGUUCCGGUUUCAUUUCAUCUGCUUGAAAUGAAAUGGAAUUUUGCCAUCCGUUGUCAUUGUGCAAAGGAUGAUGAUUCUGCUCUGCCUCUAGUGCAUUGGAUUUCCUUGCUCUGGAAAUCCAUGGGAUGUUUCUGUAUAGAGUUGUUAUUAUUAAUGGCACGUUUGAUGGGGGGAGAAAGAAGGUGGUGGUGAUGACUGAUGAGCAGGAGGAGGAUGGCAAUGGCAUGUCUUAUGAGCCUGUAGGACGGGGGUAAAACUGUCAGGGUUACUUGGCUUUAAGGGGAGAAGGCUAUUGUAGCUACUGCCUUGGCUUUUACUAGUGCAGUACAGUCGCAGCAUGAUGGCUUUUGUACA